GUGAGACAAGAUGUUGAUGCAGACGUAGAGUGGAGAGACAUCGUCGUGAGUCCAGAGGACGAGGAUGAGUUUCCUCUCUCAAUGACCUUGUUCCAGAGUCUGUGAGAGCGACGUUGACAUGGCGUCCGUGAAGACGUUGUCCGUGAAGACGUUGUCCGUGAAGACGUUGUGUUGCGUCUUCGUCCUGAUCGUCUCAGUCCACUCCCACAGACAUCCACACGGACUCUCGUGUACCAGCGACCUGGUGGACACUGUGACCUGUACCUGGGACAACUCCUCCCUGGGUCCUGGAGACGACUGCUGGGUCUAUGGGGUGAAGAGAUUCUGGAUCCAGUACGAUCUGAGACACCUUGAACGGAGCUGCAGACUGAAGCCACACAGAGACACUCCGCUGGGCUGCAGUCUGGUCUUUGAAGGGAAGAAGUUCCACCCCUAUGAAGUGAUGCCCAGUAUCAGCAUGAACUGCAGCGGGACGGUGGUGGGGCAGCUCCUGGACUACGACCCGUGGGAGCACAUUAAGAUGAAUCCUCCAGGAACUCCCAGCGUCAACAGCUCUGCCAACGACACCUGGGUCUCCUGGAGUCCAGGGGAACCCCUCUCCGAGUACCUCACCUCCUUGGACUUCCAGGUUCAGAUCAAACAGACCCAUCAGACCUGGGGGGAGGCCGUCACCAUGCCCACGCAAGAACCACGGCUCAGGAUACCGGAGUCAGAGCUGGAGGGGUGGCUGGAGGCCAGGGUCAGAGUCAGACCAGCAGAGCGUCACAAGAGCACCUGGAGCACCUGGAGCAACUGGAGCCCCUCAACGUCCUGGAGGACGGACCGGGACGACCGGUCAGGAGACCAAGAGUCGGGUCUGGAUCAGAUGUCUCAGCUGGUCCUGGUGCUGGUGUUCGGCUUGUGUCUUUUCAUGUGUGUGGUUCUGGUUCUGGACUGGAGCUGCAGGACCAGGGGGGUCCUCAAAGGGAAACCAGUACCCAGCCCCUCAGAGUACUUCCACUCGGUCCAUGGAGGAAACCUGAAGAUAUGGUUGAAUCCUCUGUCCGAGACGUUCUUCACGGCCCAGCCUUGUGAGCAGAUCUCCCCGGUGGAGGUGUGUGAUGUCUGGGAUGUGUCCCCCGCCACCUCGCCCUCCUCCAGCUCCACCAGCGCCCUGCUCCACUUCCAGACCUUUGACUCCUCCUCCUCGUCCUUCUUCUCAAACAUGGGUUAUUUCAUGUCCAGCUCAGCCCCGGUGGACCCUAGUCUGGCCUACUUCACCUACCAGGAUGAUUUCCACCACCCGUCGCCAUCCCCCCGCCCCUCCCUCGAUCCCUCCUUCAACCCCUCCUUCGAUCCCUCCUUCGACCCCUCCUUCGAUCCCUCCUUCGAUCCCUACGAGAGUCUGAAGACGGAGCCUCGGAGCCCAGACUCUGGUUUCGGCCUCAGACAAGACGAUAACAGCGAUGAAGAUGAUAGGAGCUCUCCUUUGAUCAUCCUCCCUCUGCAGCUUCUUUCUCAAAUGUGUCCCCCGUCCUUCCUUCCUCCCCCUCCCCCCCCUCCCAGCGUAUCUCUGGUGUCUCCCGAUGGUCGACAGGUGGAGGGACCCAUGUCAGCGGUGGUGAGCCGAGCCUCGUCCAUGCCCGUCAACCCUUGUCAAAGCGACUACCUGACUCUCAAAGAGCUGCAGACGACGUUCAGCAAUAAAUCCAUCUGAAAGUCAAACUACAACUUUAGCCUUUAGCUUUAGCUGCUAACUGCUCCAACAUGUGAACAGAUUCAUUAACAUUAACGAGAAAAAAAUCAGGGCUGGAAAACCAAAACUAGAAGAUAAACGCUAAAAAGCUUCACGGUUAUUUCUUUAUAAUGAGUUCAGGUCCUGAAAAGAAAGAAGUGACAGAACUUGGAGGGUUAUUAACAGUUUUAAUUAACAGCAGUUAUUAGUAACAGUUAUUAUUAACAGCUAUUAACGGUUAUUGACCCGUCACAGUCUGAUGCUUCACCGCUGACUCAUAACUUUAACUGAUCCUGGUUUUAGUUUCAUUAGUGGAAACGUCUCUAUAAGAACACAAGUUAAAUUCCCACCGACUCAUCUCGUACUAAAUGAAACGUAAAAUCUUUAUUGAGCUUUGAUUUUGUAAAUAGUGACGAAUACUUCGAAUGAAGUGAAUUAAAGCAUUAAACCCACAGACUUCAGUCAGAGGCUUCGCUCUUUCUGUCGGUGCAUUAAAUGUUAAGGUUAUCAUGUUUCUAGACCACAGGAGUCAAACAUAGACCUGUGGGCCAAAGAUCGGCCUCUCAGACGGUCUAACCUGACAGCAAGUGAAACAAUGACUGGAAUUAAUCACUGAAAAUAGCUUCUAUUACUAAUUUAUCCACUGGUUUAUUCAGACAAGUGGACAGAACACAACACUGAGACCAGGACUAGACCCAGGACUAGACAGACCAGGACUAGACCCAGGACUAGACAGACCCAGGACCAGACAGACCCAGGA